UUUGAACAGCACGGAUGAACCGAGCGACUGUGCACCGACUCAAGUCCAUCUAACAUCAAUCAUGCUCCCGCCGAUUGACAGCUCCGUACUAAAAAAUAACCCCCAGUUCGCCAACCUCUACAAAGGCUUGACGGAGCUCAUCCUCAACGAUGAUGGCUCAACCAAGCUUCAUCCACAGAAUCCAGUGGUUCAAGAGCGCAAGGCAGUCACUGAUGAACUAAACAAGCAUCGCCUCGCCGCCACCACCGAACACCUCCUUAUCCACGCCCUCUCAACCACCGUUCUCGAUCCCAUCCCCAUUCCUGUGGAACCAGAGUUCAACCAAAAUCCUUCCCUUUCAAUUGGUCUCCAACCACCACCACCACCCACCAUCCCACCCAACCUCAAACAACCACUAACCGACCUCCUCCUCCUUCUCCCUUCUUUCCUCUCGCUAGAUUUCUCCUCUCCCGAAACCCCCCCUCUAGACUUCGACUCCCUCUUACUAAUCCUAACCUCCCCUCCCCUUUCUCUUCUUCCUACCCUCUUACCGUACCUCGGUCCCCUCCUAUCAACAACCCUCCACUCUCAAGCUUCCCACCUCGUCCACCUCGCCCGCCGUCUUUCUCAUCCCUCAAUAUCUACUACUACCACCAGCAACCCUACUUCCACACCCCCUCUCACAAUCCCCACCCUCCCCACCACCAUCUCCCGUCUCACUACUAAAACCCUACCCACCCUCCACUCCUCCCUCCUCCACUCCCGUCUCGCCACAGCCGAAGCAGUCCGCGACCUCCUCUCCCAAUACUCUACAGCUUUCACCCUUUUGAUAAAAACCCUCGAAGCCAAACACGGUCCCAUAGCGCGCAGUCUCGAGUUUAAGGCAUCCGAGACUGCCUUGUUGGCUGAAAAGGCAGAGAAGGAGAGCGAACUUGCUGUUCUAGGGGUGAAGAGGGAGGUGUAUACACCUGAGGUCAGGAAAUGUUUGGGAGAAUACAAAAAGUGGUUGGUAGGUGAGCAGGAGAGGAUAAGAGGGGAAAUUGAAAGGGGGGAGGAGGUGUUGGGGGGGUAUGGUGUUGAGGUUCAUAUCGAGGAAGAAGGAGGAGGAGGAUAUGGAGGGGGAGAGGGGGAAGGAUAUAGAGAGGGAGAGGGAGAGGGGGAAGAGAAGAAAGGUGGGGAAGGCAAAAGGGGAGGAGAUGUGGAAAAGGAAAAAGUAAUGAGGGAGAUUGCGAGGGUUUAUGCCCAGAUAGAGAGGGAGGUAGAGGUUGUGAGGAGGGAUUUGGAGCGGUUGGGUUUGCAAGGGGUGUGAGUGAUUCUGGGCAAUGGGUGGAUGUGUUGCUCGGCUGGCUGGGAUAUGAGUUAUGAGUCAUGAGCACGAGCUAUGGGUCAUGAUCAGGGCGUAAUUAGGCGAGGGUUAUUGAUACCAACACAAGAAGGAUGGUUUCGAAAGGGAAAUGGUAGGCAACGAAUGGGACAGUCAAGCACCUGGAACAGGGAAUCUAUUGAAUCCAUCCAACCGGUCUUACCCGGUGAACAGCGUGUGGUUCAGAUGGUGUAAAGAAUCGAAG